AAUUCAUGAUCCAUUUAGACCACUUGAAUUAAAUGAUAAAUCAAGGUCAAAAAUAGGAGCACCACCAAAAUUAUCUUCUAAACCAAGAAAGCCUAAUAGAUUUAAUCCAUACAAAAAAUUAUCAAGUGAUACUUUUUCGAUACAGCAGAGGAAAAUUAAACGUACUCAUAAUAUUAAACAAAAUUAUAAUUCAUUCGAUAAUUGUGGUUUUCAAAAUUUUUCUCAACCACCAAUAAUUUACGAUAAUGUUGAAUCUCAGUAUAAUAAUGUGGCAGUACAUGAAAAUUCGUGUCCAUAUUUUGAUAAGGAAUUACCUAAUAUUUUAUCAGAAAACUACAAAUCAAAUUAUUAUCCUUGCAAAACAACCCUAUCACAGAAUAUGAUC